AUGAACCAAACACAAAGCUCUCCCGCUCACAAUGCGCGGUACAAUCCCAUAUAUCUUCUCCCUCGAGUUAUACGAUGGAUCCACUCGAAAGUAACCAAGCGAAAAUCGAAAAUGUCAACCACCAAGGAAGACAUAAAUAUCCUCACAAACAACAUCUCCACAAACAUGUCGAUUUCGAAAGAAUCCGAAGCGACGGCUAGCCCCGUCGCCAUUCCAGAAGAAGUCGCUGCCGCUCAUAAAGAGCGUAUGGCUCAACUCAAGAAAAAACUCGAAGACAUCAACGAGUCUGUCGAGAUCCGCGAUAUGCUCCUCGCGCUCUCUGAAAAGCAUUCGGAGUACGCAUUCAACAGCGUCCGGAGUAUGGUUUGGCGGAGAGACGCUGCGCGCGAUAAGCGUGUCUUCGAAAACCUGAAGAGGAAGAUGGAGAUCGCUGGGGAAGACAUCUCGAAGCAGAUGGCGAGGGUGAAGGAUUGGGAGCGCAUCGCUUCGGACCUCCACCAAAACACCCUCAACCAAUCCGAGACGAUCGACAUUGAGCAUGAAGAUCUAGGGAUGAAGCCCGGGGUGUUCACGGAGGGUUGGGGCUGGGAUCAGCCGGAGGGAAGCGGACCUGGGAUCGAAGAGCCAGUAGAUCCCAAGGACGUGGAGAACAAGAAUCCGGAUAUUGUGGACGAUGGGGUGGACUACAGCAAAAAUUUCAACAAAAGAAACACUGGUGCCUUUCGUUGAGCAGGUCUUUCCCCAUCUACUACCAUCUGGUCUUGACUCUGGAUCUGUCUUGAGAGUUGGUCUUAGACGGUCCUCGCUCAGUCAACGCAGCGUAGAUGAAAAAUGAAACGAAAUGUCUCUGAAAAUUAUCAAUUAAGUUUCACACUAAAGAUGCCUUGAUUCCUCAUAAAACGCGAAUGUAGUUCUCCCCUCUGUCAAAUAUUUUUACUCUGAAGAAUCAUUAGCCAUCAACAUACUAACGUGACAGUUGUCUCCAACAAGACCACAGUGUGACUCCGAGUAAAUUCAAGCACGAUCCAGCACGUCCCAUUGCUAGCUCGACAUUGUAUUCAUACAACAACCAUCUUCACCAUCCCCGAUAACAAAACCACACUCCCAGAACACACACCACAUAUCCCCCAUCUCAGUACCCUCUCUCACACACCACCCAUACCUAGCCUGCUCCCACACCUACAAAAACAACACCACCACACACAAAACAACAGCCAUCCUACUACAUCAACACCCGCCCAUUUUCAAAACCAUGCCUCUAACUCCCCUCCCUACCUAUUCCCCCUCAUCAUCACCACCGCCAUCCUCCCUACAAACCCGUCUCCAAACCCUCCACACAACCCUGCAAACCCUCUCAACGUCGCUCAAAACCCGCGCCACCCUCCACGCCCUCGCCCUCGCAAACCCCACCUCCUACCGCCUCUGGACCCUCAACAACCUAGCCUGGCAAGCCCGCACC